AUGCCUUUCAUCCACAGAAGGCACUUUAGAGACGAUGAGGACAUCUGCAUCAGCCCAAUGUACAGAGUGCCAGGCAGGCACCUUUACUAUGCCCUCAGCGUCUACGGUGGGGCUGGAGGAUGGGGCACUCGGAUUUCUACUGGCCCAACCCCGUUCCAAUAUGGCAAGGAGGUUGGUAUGGGCAGGUUACUGUUAGGCAAUGAGAAACUUGCCAUGCAAAACCUAAAUGACCGCCUGGCUAACUACCUGGAAAAGGUGCACUCCCUCCAGCAAGCCAACUUUAAGCUGGAAGCCCAGAUUAGGCAGUGGUACCAGAAAAACUCCACUCCGGUGGACGAAGACUUCAGCUCGUAUCACCAGAUGAUUGAGGAGCUCCAGAAUCAGAUUCAAAAUGCCCAAAAGAACAAAGUCCAGUGGAUCCUGAAGAUCGACGAUGUCAAGCUGAAGGAAGAAAACCUUAGAAUCAAAUUUGACAAUGAACGAGCCAUGUGCCUGUCAGUAGAGGGUGAUAUCCAGAAGUGGACCAAAGCCAUCGACGACCUGACCCUAAUGAAGGCCAGACUGGAAAUGCAGGUGGAAAACUUGCUUAAGGAGAGGGUUGUACUGAAGAAGAAUUAUCAGGAGGAAGCCAAUAACCUGCGCAAGCAUCUGGGGGCUACCAUCAAUGUGAAAUUGGAUGCAGCUCCCGGCCCAGACCUCGGGGCCAUCAUAAAUGAGAUGAGGGAGAAGUACGAAAAACUGGCAGAGAAAAACAUUAAGGAGGCCAAGUGGCGCUUGGAGAAGCUGAUGAUUGAGUUGGAGAAGCAGGUCGUCGACAACGAUAAAGAACUGGAGGUCAACAUGAUCAAACUCAAGGAGCUGAGACACAAGCGGCAGAACCUGGGGAUCGAGCUCCAGUCCCAGCUGUGUCAGAAAAAAUCACUGGAGGCCAUCCUGGGGCGGCCCAAGACCCACUGUGAGCCCGAGCUGGCCUUGAUCCAGGAAAAGCUCAGCAUUUUCAAGGCCCAGCUGAUCCAGAUCCGUUCAGAAUCAGAGAGGCAGAAAGAUGAGUUCAAGAUUCUUCUUGACAUCAAGAUCCGGCUGGAGAAGGAGAUUACUACUUACCGCAGCCUCCUAGAGAGAGGGGCCGUGGGGCCAGACUGA